CCAACCCGCGGAGAAUCGAGUGAAUACUUUCAACUUUGUUAACCGUCGGCGGGCCUGCAUUAAACUGAUAAAAUGUUGCGGUCGGAAAAAAUGAUUGUUGUACGAUAUUUUGCCUGUUUUUCUAUAUUUUUCGUGCUAUCGUCAAUCCACGGCGUUCUCGGUGGUAACGGAGGCUCGGUACAGCUAACCGAAGACAAUUGGAAUAAAAUAUUGGUUGGAGAAUGGAUGGUGGAAUUCUACGCACCUUGGUGUCCGGCAUGUAAAGCGCUGGAGCCAGUUUGGGAGAGUUUUGCCUCCUGGAAAAAUGAUCUUGGCAUUCGGGUUGGCAAAGUAGACGUCACGGAUUCACCUGGACUUAGUGGACGAUUUAUGGUCACUGCCCUACCCACAAUAUUCCAUGCAAAAGAUGGCAUAUUUAGGCAAUACAAAAGUCCACGAGACAAGGAAUCCCUCAUAUCAUUUGUCAAGGACGAAAAGUGGAUGCAGCUUGAGCCUAUUUCCAGUUGGAAAAGCCCAAACUCUAUCCAAAUGUCUGUAAUCAGCUACUUUUUCAAAUUAUCACAAAUAUUGAGGGGAAUGCAUAACAAACUGAUGGAAGACUAUGGCCUGCCUACUUGGGGUAGCUAUUUGAUCUUUUCAAUAGCUACAAUAAUCCUUGGGGCUAUACUAGGACUCUUCAUCGUUUGCCUGAUCGAUUUUAUAUAUCCGCCGAAACCAGUCUCAUUCCCUGGCAAGAAAAAAGAAAAGGAUGGGUCUGGCGGUUUCAUGCAGGAAAAGACUGAAGGUGACGAAGAAUUGGUCGAAAACGUUAAGGAUGAUUUGGUUGACGAAGAUUCGAGUGGAUCUGAUGCCCAGGAAGAAGAUAGGGAGGAAGAAGAAACAAAAAGUGCACCCAGCAGCCCAAACGUACGCAAACGAAAGCCACGCAAGGCUGACUAAGUUUAUGUUAUAGCUCUUCAGAAAAUGAUUAUUACCAUCUUUAUAGGACGGCUAGAAACCGCAAUACUACUGACUAAUAACGAAGAAGUUUUUGGUGAAACUUUUUUCAUAUAUCGUAACGUAACUCGAUAACCCGUUUUUGCACGUAUGACCGAUGAAUCAAGCGUUGUUAGAGUAUUUAGGCAAUGGAAUGCGAAAGAUAUUUGUCAGAGCGUUGAAACUGAUGUUAUUUGGAGGCUUUAAUACACGCGUCUUGUCGUCUGUUGUUAGUUAAUUGUCAACAGUAUUGUUGAUUUCUUACGUUGUUCCACAACUUCAUAGUUGAAAUGCAAAAUGUGUACCUACUCUUAAUUUAUAACGUCUUUUCUCGGGAAUUUUUUGUUUUUUUUAAAUAUAACGAAAAUUAUUUUCAGAGUUUGCGUUUAAAUAAAAUGAUCUAUAUAACCGAUUGCAUUCAUCUCGAAAUUCAUACAACAAAUUUUCUCGGUUUUCAACGAAAUCUGCCAAUGUAUGCACCCGUGAUUAUAAUGCUAUUAUAUACUAGUUAACCAUACCUUGGACGGGAUCUAUAAAUUAAUAUAUUAUAAUUAUAAUUUUUCUGUAAUUACAGUGAGGGGGGUAAAAUUCAGAUUAACAUUAAUCAUGGUUUUCCCCGCUCUGCAUACUCCGUAUUACACAAUACGGAACAGUUACACGGUAUACCCAGGGUGAAAAUUUGUACAUACAUGAAUGUCGGGAGGAUCUGAUAUACGUUGUUUAUUCUUGCCUGUUCUACUUAUUCUACCCAAAAUUGCCUCUGUCAGGCAGUUAAAAAUGGAUAGAAUUUUUAUUAGAUUCCAAUCUUGCAAUUAAUUAUUCCUUUUGCAUUUAGAAGAAAAGUUAUAAUUUCGCGUAGAAUUUUAAUCGCAAGAAUUAACAUACAUAUAUUGAUAUUAAAGUCUUCCGUAUAUUAUCACGCGCAGUGUUGGUACGAGUAGUUACAUCGAUUGUGUCAUAUAUGCAUAGUAGUGAGAGACAAGCGUUAACAUUUAAUACACCAACUAAUGUAAGUUUUCUUUCUUUAAUUUAAUUUCUAAUUCCGCACAGUUUAUGACGAUUUUCAACGAGGUAGGACGUUUUAUACUGCCGUAUUAUUUUCACAUUUCUUGAUACACAAUUGUAUUGAUAUUAUAAAUAUCAUACUACUUCGAUUACAUUCCUACCGAAUAAAUAAUCCACAU